CGCGCCGCUGCUUCCCGCGCCUCGGAAGCGUUGCGUUGCGUUGCGGGCCGCGCCGCUGCCGCCGCCGGAUGGCGAAGCUGCGGGAUUGCCUGCCCCGCCUGGUGGUCACGAUCCGGUCCCUGCUUUUCUGGUGCCUGAUCUACUUCUACUGCGGGCUCUGCGCCUCCAUCUACCUGCUCAAACUUUUGUGGAGCAUCGGCAAGGGACCCACGCAGACCUUCCGGCGGGUCGCCCGGGAACACCCGCCCGCGUGCUUGAACGACCCCUCUCUGGGUACCCACUGCUACGUGAGGAUCAAGGAUUCGGGGUUAAGAUUUCAUUAUGUUGCUGCUGGAGAAAGAGGCAAACCACUUAUGCUGCUGCUUCAUGGAUUUCCAGAAUUCUGGUAUUCUUGGCGUCACCAACUAAGGGAAUUUAAAAGUGAAUAUAGAGUUGUAGCACUGGAUUUGAGAGGCUAUGGAGAAACAGAUGCUCCUGUUCAUCGAGAGAAUUAUAAAUUGGACUGUCUAAUUACAGAUGUAAAGGAUAUUUUAGACUCUUUAGGGUAUAGCAAAUGUGUUCUUAUUGGCCAUGACUGGGGAGGCAUGAUUGCUUGGUUAAUUGCCAUCUGUUAUCCAGAAAUGGUGAUGAAGCUUAUUGUUAUUAACUUCCCUCAUCCAAAUGUAUUUACAGAAUAUAUUUUACGACACCCGGCCCAGCUGUUCAAAUCCAGCUAUUAUUACUUCUUCCAGAUACCAUGGUUCCCAGAAUUUAUGUUCUCCAUAAAUGAUUUCAAAGCUUUGAAACAUCUGUUUACUAGUCAUAGCACUGGCAUUGGAAGAAAAGGAUGUCGACUAACAACAGAAGAUCUUGAAGCUUAUAUUUAUGUUUUUUCUCAGCCUGGAGCAUUAAGCGGUCCAAUUAACCAUUACCGAAAUAUCUUCAGCUGCCUGCCUCUCAAACAUCACAUGGUGAUCACUCCAACACUACUACUGUGGGGAGAGAAAGACGCAUUUAUGGACGUUGAGAUGGCUGAAGUCACAAAGAUUUAUGUUAAAAACUAUUUCAGGCUGACUAUUUUGUCAGAAACCAGUCAUUGGCUCCAACAAGAACAACCUGACAUAGUGAACAAAUUGAUAUGGACAUUUCUAAAAGAAGAAACACGAAGAAAAGAUUGACUUUUUCUAUGAGGAAUCUAUAAUGGAAUCUCCAAAUAAUUUUUAAAAAUUGUUCAUCAACUUCUUUAAGCUUCAUUAGGAAAAAAUUGUUUUAAUAUGCUUUAUGAUAAAUAAGUAUCCUGACAAAUGAUAUUGAAAAAAAUCUGAGAAUGUGUGAACUUGUAGUAUAAUGUUGAUUUUCUUCUGUUGUAUUUUGCACAGAAAAGCAUUUGCCUUAAAAUGUAUA